UAUGAAUACUCCAUUUUUAUAAAUAGGUCCAACAUUUCAAUAUUAUAAUAAAAAAGAUGCUUAUGAACAAUUAAAGAAAGAGGUCUUCCUAAUAAAUUAGGGUUGCCAUUAAUUAUUGGAGUAAUGGGUUCAACAGGAUCAUGUGGAAAAGGCUCAUUAGAAGCAUUGUCAUAACUUUAAAUUACAUUGAUUAAUCCAGAAGAUUUAAAAAUAC